ACAUCAGUUGCGUACUCAUAUAUAUAUAUAUAUAUAUAUAUAUAUAUAUAUUGGAUUAGAUUGCGUAUUAUCACAUCCACGAAUGAAAACAGCUUGUUGGUUAUGUUAGACAGGUUAAGUUUUUUAAAAUGUUUGUUAUGUCAUUAAUAAUGUGAAUGCAUCAUGCAAAUACAGGAAAUAAGAUUUCUUAGUUCUUGCUUCAUUCUUAUAUUCCUCAAUAUUGGAAUAUCUGGUGGCAUUGGUGAAGGACAUUCUUUUACGUAUAAAUCGAUAGGUUCUUAUAUUGAUACAAGUAUUGGUUCAGAUGUAUUUUUUGAAAUUAUAUAUCCACCGGAAUUAGAAUAUACAUAUAAAUUAAGACCCGCGAAAGAUUUUGGAGCGCCAUUCAAUGCAAGUUUUUUAGAAGAAAAAAUUCCUUUAGUUCCAACUGAUCCUCCUCAUGGCUGUCAAAUAGUAAGAAAUGCAAAAGAAUUGAAAGGUAGAAUUGCAUUAGUUGAGAGAGGAGAUUGUAGUUUCUUUGCUAAAAGCAUAAUGGCAGAAGAAGCUGGAGCAAAAGCUGUAAUCAUAGCAGAUUAUCAUUCGUCUUCUAUGGAAGAAUCAAUAAGUAAUUCUUUAUGGGCUGAUUAUUAUUACAUAGAGAUGAUACGCGAUGAUACUAUUCCGUCAUCAAAGACUGUAAACAUUCCUGCUGGAUUUUUGCUCGGUAAGAACGGCAAAAUGAUCCGGCAGACUCUAAAACGUUUAAAUCAACCAUUUGCCUUAAUCAAUAUCCCAGUGAAUUUAACUUAUACUUCUUUAGAUAAAUUACAUCAACCUCCUUGGUUGUUUUGGUGAUUAUUCAUAGAAUUUUUCAUUGAUUUUUAUAUCAUAAAGCAAAUAACUUAAAAAGAUAACAAAUUUUGAAAUUACUAAAGAAAAUGGGAUUAGUUAAAUCAAAAUAAUCAUAAAAAAUUUAUUGUGCAU